CUUCGUUGUGGCAGAAGAAUUAAAUUAAUUACAACGGCAGAAUGCUGUUGUGUCCCGUCUGUCCACAUGAUGUGCAUACACGGUGAAGAGCCCUGUCCGGAACAUGCAGCCCUGGAAUUUCGGAUCUUCCAGUACAAAGUCAAGAUGCUGGGUAGAUCUGCUAAAUCGUGGCUUCACAAUAUCGCACGGCCAGUGAAAAAGGAAAACGAAGACACAAAGAAGUGGCCCUCUGUGAUUCUUAACAAUCACAGGGAGAAGAUACUAGCUGAGCUGGAUGUCAAUAAAGUCCUAUCCUACCUCGUUUAUGAAAAAGUUUUCUCCUUGGAGGAAUAUAAAGACAUCUUGACUCAAGAGAGCAAUGAGAAGAGGGCAGAAUCUUUUCUGGAUAAGCUAGUCGUGAAAGGGCCAAGUGCUUUCUGCGCUUUUUGUUCUGUUUUGGAAGAAAUUUCACCCCAUUUGCUUUCAGGAUUCCUUCCUGACUGUAAAGAUCAGAUGCACAAAGCCUUACCAGACUUCUUGACAGAAGACAAGAGGAUGAGGCCUGCUUUUGAGCUGCAGGGACAUGACGAAACCGAGCGCAAUGACAUGGAAGGCAGUCCUGAUUUGGAGGAUCCAAUGCAAGAAUCGUUAGAGGAAUACAGGGUCACUCCAUCUUCUGAGAACCCCAAUGCUGCAACUUCCAGCACAAGUCAAGGAAAGCCAUCUCUACGGAGAAUAAAGGGACGAAUACAUAGAAGCAAAAGCCUGGAUAGUGUUGAACUUUGCGAGUUUAAUAACACUGUAAUGGAAGAAACUGCAAUAUGGGAGCAGCAAACGGUUACUCUGCACAGGGCCCCAGGAUUUGGAUUUGGGAUCGCAAUAUCUGGUGGCCGAGAUAACCCUCAUUUUCAGAGUGGAGAAACCUCAAUCGUCAUCUCAGAUGUUCUUAAAGGUGGUCCCGCAGAAGGCCUUCUGCAGGAAAAUGACAGAGUUGCAAUGGUUAAUGGGGUUUCUAUGGAUAAUGUUGAACAUGCUUUCGCUGUGCAACAAUUAAGGAAAAGUGGAAAAAAUGCCAAAAUUACAAUUCGGCGGAAGAAAAAAGUACAGCUUCCAGUAGCUCGUCCUGAACCAGAUCCAGUAUCUGAGAAUGAGGAGGACAGUUUUGAAGAUGAGGUGCCUGACCACAGAAGUGCCCUCAGUGGUCCUGGUGCCAGCCGAAGGAGUGAAAAGAGCUGGGUGAGGGAGAGAAGUGUGAGCAGAGAGAGAAGUUUAUCGCCUCGAUCAGACCGAAGAUCCAUUGCUUCCAAUCAGCCCCCAAAACCUACCAAAGUGACCUUGGUGAAAUCUAGAAAAAGUGAAGAAUAUGGGUUAAGAUUAGCUAGCCAUAUUUUUGUAAAGGAAAUAUCUCAAGACAGCCUGGCAGCAAGAGAUGGGAAUAUUCAGGAAGGAGAUGUCGUAUUAAAGAUUAAUGGAACAGUCACUGAAAAUAUGUCUUUGUCCGAUGCAAAAACAUUGAUAGAAAGGUCAAAGGGCAAGUUAAAAAUGGUAGUUCAAAGAGAUGAGAAGGCAACUCUGCUUAAUGUCCCAGAUCUAGAUGACAGCCUUCAUUCUGCAAAUGCAUCUGAGAGAGAUGACAUUUCGGAAAUUCAGUCACUGGCAUCAGAUCAUUCCAACCGUUCACAUGACAGGCCUCGUCGCAGCCGUUCACGGUCUCCUGACCAGAGAUCAGAGCCUUCAGACCAUUCCAGACAUUCUCCACAACAGCACAGCAACAGCAGUACCCGAAGUCGAGAGGAUGAAAGAGUUGCAAAGCCUGGAGCCAUUUCUACACCUGUUAAAAAUACAAAUAGUUUACCACUUUCCAGGACCACAGAGGAGUCAUUAGUGGAAAAAACAGAUAAGCAAACACCUCCUCUUCCAGAACCUAAACCAGUAUAUGCUCAGCCUGGACAGCCAGAUGUGGAUUUACCGGUUAGUCCAUCUGACGGGCCAUUUCACAAUUCUACGCAUGAAGAUGGCAUGUUACGGCCGAGCAUGAAGCUUGUGAAGUUCAGGAAAGGAGAUAGUGUGGGAUUACGCCUGGCAGGUGGUAAUGAUGUUGGAAUCUUUGUGGCGGGUGUUUUAGAAGAUAGCCCUGCAGCAAAAGAAGGGUUGGAAGAAGGGGAUCAAAUCCUCCGUGUAAACAAUGUGGACUUCACAAAUAUUAUAAGGGAAGAGGCUGUUCUUUUCCUGCUUGAUCUGCCCAAAGGAGAGGAGGUCACCAUCCUAGCCCAGAAAAAGAAAGAUGUUUAUCGUCGAAUUGUUGAGUCGGAUGUUGGAGAUUCUUUCUAUAUCAGGACACAUUUUGAAUAUGAGAAGGAAUCUCCUUAUGGGCUAAGCUUCAACAAAGGCGAGAUCUUCCGAGUUGUAGAUACACUCUAUAAUGGAAAAUUAGGGUCGUGGCUGGCCAUCCGGAUUGGUAGAAAUCAUAAGGAAGUGGAAAGGGGAAUUAUCCCAAACAAGAACAGAGCUGAGCAGCUUGCUAGCGUGCAGUACACUCUUCCUAAAACUGCUGGUGGAGAUCGUGCUGAUUUUUGGAGAUUUCGUGGCCUCCGUAGUUCCAAGAGAAAUCUCCGAAAAAGCAGAGAAGACAUUUCUGCCCAGCCUGUUCAGACGAAGUUCCCUGCCUAUGAAAGAGUUGUUCUCCGAGAAGCCGGGUUUCUCAGGCCUGUUGUCAUCUUUGGUCCUAUUGCUGAUGUUGCACGGGAGAAGCUGGCUAGAGAAGAGCCUGAUAUUUAUGAGGUGGCAAGAAGUGAACCAAGAGACGCGGGUACUGACCAACGAAGCUCUGGAAUCAUCCGUCUUCACACUAUCAAGCAGAUUAUUGAUAGGGACAAGCAUGCUCUUCUUGACGUGACUCCAAAUGCGGUAGACCGCCUGAACUAUGCACAGUGGUAUCCAAUUGUAGUGUUUCUUAAUCCUGACUCCAAGCAGGGUGUGAAGACCAUGCGAAUGAGAUUGUGCCCUGAAUCUCGCAAAAGUGCUAGAAAACUAUACGAACGUUCACACAAACUACGCAAAAAUAAUCACCAUCUUUUCACAACUACCAUUAAUUUAAAUUCUAUGAAUGAUGGCUGGUACGGAGCACUGAAGGAAGCUGUUCAGCAGCAGCAGAACCAACUGGUUUGGGUCUCAGAGGGCAAAGCAGAAGGUGGCACAGAUGAUGAUCUUGAUUUGCAUGACGACCGUCUAUCCUACUUAUCAGCUCCAGGUAGUGAGUACUCAAUGUAUAGCACUGAUAGCAGGCACACCUCAGAUUAUGAAGACACAGAUACAGAAGGAGGUGCAUACACUGACCAGGAUCUGGAUGAGACUCUUAAUGAUGAGGCUGGGACUCCACCCGAGUCUGCCAUCACACGUUCCUCUGAACCAGUCAGAGAAGACUCAUCAGGAAUUCAUCAGGAGAACCAAGUCUUCCCAGCAUACCCACCUCAGCCACAACCAAUACUUAGAACAGAUUCCCCUGGUUAUAAAAGCGUACCGCCUCAGCAGAAAGCAGAUGCCUUACCUGCAGCCCCUUACCUUUCUCUGCCGUCUGAAACAAACCCUUCAACUGCAACUGCUGCUGUUAAUCCCAAUGUAAAUCUAAGUAAUGUCAGAUUGGAGGAUCCCAACCCUGCCCCUUACAGCUCUUACCAAGCACAAGCUGGCCCCUUGCGAUCACCAAACGCUGAGGCAGCUCACAUAAUGCUAAGAGACCAAGAGCCUUCAUCUUUGCCAGUGCACAUAGAUCCAGCAAAGGUUUACAGAAAAGAGCCAUAUACUAUGGAGGAAAAUCCUAGACAAAAUUAUUUGCUAAAACAGCAAGUCCUCAGCCAUCCAAGUCAGCGGCACGAAAAAGAGACCAAUUUAAGUUUUGAUGCCCUGCCCGCCUAUGCAGAAAAGCCAGUGAAUAGAGAGUAUGAUCAGUCCUAUAGAUAUGAUGCUGGUGGAGAUUAUGUAGACCAGUUUCCACACAAUUAUGAUCCUCAGAUACAGUAUGAUGAUCAUGUGCCUACUUAUGAUGAGCAGUGGGGAUACUAUGAUGACAAACAGGCCUACCAUCAAAGACCAUCAUAUGUAAGCAAGCAUGCAAGGGACUUCAAUGUUAGGCAACACUCUGAAGAAAAUUUGGAACGCAGUUACUUUCCUCAACAACCUCGAUUUGAGGAGCCACCUCCAGUUGCCUAUGACAAUCGACCCCGUCCACCUAAAAACUACAAGCCACCCCAGGUAGUUUAUGACGAACCAUCUUCAACAGAAUAUGAUAUGCAUAUCCGGUACAAACCGGAGCCUCAAGUCUUCCCUGCUGUGCCCCCACAAAGGCCUGCUGAGAAAACCCAGUAUUUCGAUCAACAGCCAAGGAGCUAUGAGCAUAGCCCUUCCCAGGGAUUUACUACAAAACCAGGGCAAUAUGAUCUAUCUCCUAGACUGGAGACCAUACCGCCUUCUGCGCAGGUGAAGCCAGAGCUCCUGCCAACCAGCAGCAAACAAUUACCUGCACCUGUAGCCGAAGAAGACGACCCAGCCAUGAAGCCACAGUCAGUGCUUACUCGAGUGAAGAUGUUUGAAAAUAAGCGAUCUACCCCAGGGGAUAAGAGCAAGGAUAUGAAUGAUGUAUCUGCUGUAAAGACUCCAGAAAUUGCUCCUAAGCCUAUAAAUGUUCCAGUUAAUGCACCAAAAGCAGCCCCACUGCCUCAUUAUGAACAAGAAAAGUCCACAUACAGAGUACCUGAACCUCAAAAACCUCAGAUAAAGCCUCCAGAAGAUAUUGUUCGCUCAAACCAUUAUGAUCCUGAUGAAGAUGAGGAAUAUUAUAGGAAACAGCUCUCUUACUUUGAUCGAAGAAGCUUUGACAAGCCCACUCCCCCGCUGUCAGCAAACAUCCUGCCUGAGCCUGCAAAACCUGCGCAGUCUCAGAGCCAACUAAGCUUUAACAGCUACCCCUCCAAAUUUCUUGGCUCUUACACUAGCUAUGACUACUUGAAAAGGAACAUCAAGUGGGGAAAACCUGCAGAUGCAGAGCCUCUUGACAGAACUCUUGGUGAGAAGCGAUAUGAUCCAGCCACACAGGUUUCUUCUUCCUCACAAUAUAACCAGACUUCUCCAGUGAUUGCAAACCAUUUAUCACAUACAAAACACACACAUUCAGAAGUUAACUCUGCAUCUGCAGACAUCCCAAGCUCCAUUGUGACCAAACCAGAUCCUCCAGCUCAGCAUGCCAAGCCAUCUGUAUUUAGACCUGCCAACAGAGAAGAUACUGUGCAAACUAAUUACUUACCCCAGAAAAGCUUCCCCGAUAAAAGCCCCAUUAAUGGCACAGAACAGGGUCCCAAAACGGUUACUCCCUCCUACAAUCGCUUUACCCCGAAACCUUACACAAGUUCUGCAAGGCCUUUUGAACGCAAGUUUGAAAGCCCUAAAUUCAACCACAACCUCUUGCCAAACGAAGCACAAGUCAAGCCUGAGCUGCCCACGAAACCUCAAAAUUCCCCUCAGCCCAUUCUUAAAUCUACUAAUGCAGGAAUUCCUCAAGAGCUGGAUCUGACUUCCAAGCAAACAGAAAGCAAGCCCAAAUAUCAACCAAAUAAUGCUAAUGCAGUGCCUAAAGCAAUCCCAGUCAGCCCUACUGCUCUGGAGGAUGAUGAUGAAGAUGAUGCGCACACCGUUGUGGCCACAGCCAGAGGCAUUUUUAAUAGCAAUGGUGGUGUACUGAGUUCAAUUGAGACUGGAGUUAGUAUCAUCAUACCUCAAGGAGCAAUCCCCGAUGGAAUUGAGCAGGAGAUUUAUUUCAAGGUCUGCAGAGACAACAGCAUUCUGCCACCCCUCGAUAAAGAGAAAGGGGAGACGCUGCUCAGUCCCUUGGUAAUGUGUGGACCCCAUGGAUUAAAAUUCCAGAAGCCAGUGGAGCUGCGCUUACCACACUGUGCGUCUAUGACUCCUGAUGGUUGGUCUUUUGCUCUAAAAUCAUCCGACACCUCGUCGGGUGACCCUAAACACUGGCAGAACAAGUCCCUUCCUGGAGAUCCCAACUAUCUUGUUGGAGCAAAUUGUGUCUCUGUUUUGAUUGACCACUUCUAAGCCUCCAUUGUAAUCGACAGGGAUAAUGUGAAGUCUUAUUGGACCUAUUUAUCAUUACACUUCAUAUUGAGUAUUAACUGAUCUAAGUAAAAAUGGGACUCAAUAGUGUUAGCAACUUUGCCUGAACUUUAACGUUUUUUUCGGAGUAGACUUAAAAGCCAUGGUCAGAAUUCUGACCUAAGAAUAGGCAAUGUGAAGUUUGCAUUAGCAAAACCUUCCUUGUCUUUUAUAAGUAAUGCCUUUCAGUUGCUUUAGUUUGUCUCCAAAGGACCAAUGUUCAAACACUACAAACAUAAGAAGAACUCAAAUCUCCAACUAUUGCCUGAUGCCACUGAAUUUUUGUUAAGGUUGGAGUUUGAUGACGAAGGCUAGCAUUUUUUAUUUUUUUUUUAUUUUUUUUUUUUAAACCAAAUGUCUGUUCUCAAAUCUUAAUUUGUUUUGGAAAGUGGGAUUUCAUCCCAGAGCACAUUCCCAUUUCUGCUGUGUGGAUCUGUGGCGCAUGGCUAAAAUGUGCUUUAGGAAUCCUCGAGCAGUGUGUUGAAUGUGGCCUUUACCAUUCAAAAACCAAAACAAAUUAGCAGAAGCAGACAUGCCUUUGCCCAUUGAUUUUUGUUCCAGUGUAAAAUAAGAUGUAAAAAACAAAAAAAAAACUGCUGUUUUUCUGCCAGGCAAAUGACGUUGGUUCACUUGGCAGCAAAAUGGUUAACAAAAUGGUUGACUGGUUCAGGUGCUUCUGUGGAUCUGUAAUAAAACUGAUUACUACACGCAUUUAACCAGCAGGGAUGCCUUACCCUCAUGUUAUAAUAGUCUUCGUUCUCCUCUAGUUCUAUCUAUUACAAAGUUCAUAUGGCUUUGUGCGCUUUUUUUAUAUAGGGUAAUGUAUAAUGACAAAGAUUGAAGAAGAAAAAAAUAUAAAACUUUAUUGUGAAUUCCUUUUUGAAGUGAGCACGAGCGAGAAUGAAUACUUAUCUCUUUUUCUUGGUAAGAAGAGCCUGAAAGAAAUAGUUGUUUUCUGCUAUGCAUUUGAACAAUUCUCAAAGAUGUUACAAUGCCUGUACAUAAACUGCGUGCAUACCACUUUUUCUUUCUUUUUUGUUUUUUUUCUUUUUUGUUUUUUUUGUUUGUAAAUUUAACUUUUUUAAACUUUACUUUUUUUGUAUAAAAAAAAAGAAAAUUGAACGUUUCUUAAGGAUACCUUUGUACUCAUAUACCUUUUUUGAGCCUUGAACUUUGUAACAUCUGCAGCAAUAACGCAGCAUUUCUACAGUACUCACCACAAGAACAUUUUGGAGUGAAAUGCACAAGAUUGCUACCUUUAUAAAUGCGGAGCAUAAAUCUUCAGAAUUCUCUAGUUUGAUUAAUAUCUUUAAAGUAUCCCUGCUGCAAUUUGUGAUAAGGAUGCUGUAUUAUGUGCCCUAAAAUGUAUUUUUUUACUAAUAGACAAUUUAUUAUGGCACAUCCGCACGGUCUCUUUAGAAGAUACAGCACUGCAUUCUCUUAAUCGGUUAUUAGUUCUUCACGUGUGGCUGAUUUUUUUUUUUUUAUUAUUAUUUUUAUUAUUUUUUUCCUUUGCAGUUAUUGAAAAUUACACAUUUCUAAA